UAUCUGACAAACUCCUCUCUCUGUAGACCACCCCAGAAAUGGAGCACGCCGUCUACUUCUUCCUCUUCCUGCUUACAUUGACCACAGACUCUGUCCAGAUUGAGGACAAUAAGAUCCCCAGCCUUUGCACUGGGCACCCCGGAAUUCCAGGCACCCCCGGGAUCCAUGGUAACCAAGGCCUGCCAGGCAGAGAUGGGCGUGACGGGCGUGACGGAGCAGCAGGGAUGCCGGGAGAAAAGGGCGAAGUUGGUCAGCCAGGAGCAGUGGGCCCCACAGGGGAAAGAGGCAGCCCUGGCCUCAAUGGGUUUCCCGGAGAGAAAGGGGCGCCUGGGGAGUGCGCAGUGGCCCCCCGCUCAGCCUUCAGCGCCAAGCGCUCCGAGUCUCGCAGCCCUCCCUUGGCUGACCAGCCGAUCGUCUUCGACGUGGUUCUGGUCAACGAGCAGGGACAUUACGACGGCAAUACGGGGAAGUUCCUCUGCGAGAUUCCGGGACUGUACUACUUCGCCGUCCAUGCCACUGUCUACCGCAUGAGCCUCCAGUUUGACAUUAUGAAGAAUGGCAAGUCGGUGGCCUCCUUCUUCCAGUUCUACGGCAACUGGCCCAAGCCCACAUCGCUGUCCGGUGGCACCCUGGUGCGGCUGGAGCCGGAGGAUGAAGUCUGGGUGCAGGUAGGGGUAGGGGACUACCUUGGCUUCUACUCCAGCAUCAAGACAGAUAGCACUUUCACAGGAUUCCUGGUCUACUCCUACUGGCAAAACUCUCCCGUCUUUGCCUGAGAGACGACUCACCCCUCUCCACCACGCGAUUUGCGGAGGACUCCCUUUCUUGGCUCUGCCACAGCUGUCGUCCGUGGGGAUACCUGUGGCCCUUCUUAACCCGAGGGGUGCGGCGCCCCUUUAGCUAAUGCCUGUAGAAGGGUUUUAGGUUCUUCCCAGAAGGUGUCUGACAAACCCUCAGGCCACGGUCAGGAUAGCUGUGCAGCAGAGAAGCUAAGUGACCUUUGUAGCUCACUAGCAAACAGUGUACUCCUUGCGGAGUAGAUUUACUUUCUAUAUCUAUACACAUACAUACUUAGGGCUGUGCCCCGCUUGCUUCACUUGCCAGCCCCACCUACCCCUUUGGUAACCACCCUGCCCCACAUCAGAUGUCAAAUGACAACAUGGCUUUUAGAAGACAUCUGAAGGCAGCCCCAUAGAGGGAAGUUUUUAAUGUCUGAUGUUUUGUUGUGUUUUUAUAUUUUGCUGGAAGCUGCCCAGAAUGGCUGGGGAAACCCAGUCAGAAGGGUGGCAUGUUAAUACAGUAGUACCUCGGGUUAAGAACUUAAUUCGUUCUGGAGGUCUGUUCUUAACCUGAAACUGUUCUUAACCUGAAGCACCACUUUAGCUAAUGGGGCCUCCUGCUGCUGCCAUGCCGCUGGAGCACGAUUUCUGUUCUCAUCCUGAAGCAAAGUUCUUUACCUGAGGUAAUAUUUCUGGGUUAGCAGAGUCUGUAACCUGAAGUGUAUGUAACCUGAGGUACUACUGUAAUAAAAUUAUUAUUGUUGUUA